CCACUGCAAAUCCGUUAACCUGACUCGAAGUGGCCCGCAGCGUUACACGCUUGCACAGUCGCCGCCGCCGCCUCAGAUCGACCGGCCAAGGCUGUAACGAGCCGCCGCACCACUCACCAGUCACCAGUACCCGAGCGUGACGCGCGAGAAGCGGCGCCGCCUCGCGCGGGAGCGGGGACUCGGAUGGCCAUUGCGACGAGGUCCGCCGCGUGGCACGCCCUGCUCCCGUCACUAGUGCCUGCCAAGCCCCGCAUCUUCUUCCUCCGCAGCCGGCCCGGGCGGUUCUUGUCACACGCUCACGGCUUGCGGCCGUGUGGCGCUGCGAGCUCUCUGCCCCCCGGGGAGUACCUUCCUCCCUUGUUCAGCGUGGCGCCGAUGAUGGACUGGACAGACAAUCACUACAGGACGCUCGCGCGGCUGAUAUCGAGGCACGCCUGGUUAUACACAGAGAUGGUGGUCGCUGAGACCAUUGUGCAUCAGAAAGAUAAGUUGGAUAGAUUUUUAGCAUUUCCUGCGGAACAGCAUCCUAUUGUGUUACAAAUUGGUGGAAGUAAUCUUGACAAUUUGGCAAAGGCAACUGAGUUAGCAAGUGGAUAUGCAUAUGAUGAGAUCAACCUGAAUUGUGGUUGCCCCAGCGGCAAAGUUGCUGGCCACGGUUGCUUCGGUGCUCGCUUAAUGUAUGAUCCAGAGUUUGUAGGGGAUGCUAUGUCAGCUAUUGCUGCCAAUUGUGAUGUCCCUGUCAGUGUAAAAUGCAGAAUUGGAGUUGACGAUCGUGACUCCUACGAAGAACUUUGUACAUUUGUAGAUAAAGUUGUUUCUAAGUCACCAACUAGGCAUUUUAUUAUCCAUGCUCGGAAGGCGUUGCUCAGUGGCCUCAGUCCUGCAGAGAAUCGGAAGGUUCCUCCUUUAAAAUAUGAGUACUAUUAUGCUUUGUUGCGGGACUUCCCAGAGGUACACUUUACACUAAAUGGAGGCUUAACGACUAUUGAACAAGUUAGUGCAUCCAUAAGACAAGGAGCCCAUCAAGUUAUGGUUGGUCGUGCUGCUUACAAUAAGAGGUCAAGAAUGGUGCUUGAGCGGGAACACGGAUUCGUAAUUCUUAAGAGUCCAUGGAAUAUGCUGGGGCACGUGGAUAGUGAAAUUUAUGGCAUGCCAACACGUUGCUCUUCGCGUCGCCAGAUCCUUCAGAGCUACCAAGUUUAUGGUGAUUCUAUAAUUGGACAGUAUGGCAUCAGCAGGCCAAACGUGAGGCAACUUGUUAAGCCAUUGUUACAUUUGUUCCACUCAGAGCCUGGUAAUAGUUUGUGGAAACGUAAGGCUGAUUCUACGUUGCGCCAUUGCAAGACACUUGCGCAGUUCUUGGAGGAAACUCUUGACGCCAUUCCUGACUCUGUCCUUGACGCACCAGUAUUGAUGGAGCCAUCCGGGGAGCAAGACUACUUCGCCCAUGUGGAUUCCUUAUUGCCGCCAAGAUACGCAAAACUGGCCAAUGGCAGCUACGAAAGCCCAGUACUUGUAACUGCAUCCAGUUGAGCUUUCAGAGUACUCCCUCCGUCCCAAAUAAGUGUCUCAAUUUUAUACUAACUUUAAUACAAAGUUGUACUAAGGUUGAGACACUUAUUUUGGGACGGAUAAAAGAUAGGGAAAGCUGCAUACGAUCUUGCAGUUAUGUCGUCGAUAUUUUCUUCUUUUGCGAUAACAGGAUAUCAGGCCUCUUUGAUUCGCAAUAUUUGUAAAAUGCAGGAAUAGGAAAAAUAGAGAAACAGUGUUAUGAUCGGCCUCA